AGCCAUUAGAGCACAUUUCUUGAGGAACGUGUGCAUAGCUACAGCUUCCUGUGGCAGUGGUUUCAUGGCUGAGAACGCCUGGGUGAUCCUUCACAAGGGAGCUGCCGGCCACAGAGCAGGGUUGGCACCAACCCGUGACUUGCUCCCCACUGUUGUCUCCUUGUCCACCUGUGGCCUCCUUCCCCCUCUUCUGGGCCACUGGUGCGCUAUAUAGUACAGCAAGAGUUCACGGGACUCUCCCUGCCAUGGCCACACUCCUCCUUUCACCAAUAAAAUACCCUUCUCCACUUGCUCUCUCUUGUUCUUCAUGAUCUUGGCACUCUAACCUUGUGGAUCUCCAGAACCUUCAUAUUACACUUCCCAAACUUUUAGAAGAACCUGUGACUAAGUAAUCUUGCCUCGCAAUGGACUAUGGUCAUCAUCCUUUUACUUUCUCCAUUUGAUCCGAGGAAAAAAUGCAUGCAAGAUGCACUUUUUAUAGCGAGAUAAUGAUGGUCUGAUCCACAAGGAGGUGACAUGUGUCAUCUCCUUCAUGGGUUCCUCACCCAUGUCACCGCUGCAAGCUUAAAUAGCUGAAGACCCAGGUCUUCUUCUUCCUUGGCUUACUCCUCUGUUCUGUGUUGUGCUUUCCUGCUUUCGUCUUCCUUUUCCAGCUUCACAGUCUCGGAUGGGAAUUCCUCGUGCAUUGCUUGUUCUCUGCAUUGCCACCGCGUUCUUGUCGUUGGGUCCUCGUGGGUCGCUCGGAAGAAGCCACCUUCACAAGAGGCAGCAGAGUCAUGGACGCAGAGGAAAUGGAGGUCAUAGACUAAAGUCCCCUGUGGAUUCCCCUGCUGACCCACCUGCCGCCGGUACUUCCACUACCGUCACUCCCUCCAACUCCAGCUCGGACUCUCGCUUCUUCGAUGUCAGAUCGUUCGGUGCGGUCGGCGACGGCGUCACCGAUGACACCGAAGCGUUCCGGUCGGCGUGGAGGGCUGCUUGUUCCGUCGAAUCGGCCACUCUGUUUGUGCCGUCGGAUGGCGUUUUCAUGAUAACCUCCACCAUCUUCCCCGGCCCGUGCCAGCCGGGACUUGUUUUCCAGGUGGAUGGAGUCGUCAUGCCACCCGACGGACCCCAAUGCUGGCCGAAAUCCGACAGCAAGCACCAGUGGCUUGUGUUCUACCAACUGGAAGGGAUGACUCUGAGAGGAGAAGGAACCAUCGAAGGCAACGGAGAAGACUGGUGGAGCCUCCCCUGCAAGCCUCACAGAGGUCCUCAUGGAUCGACAUUGCCGGGAUCUUGCGAUAGCCCCGUGUUGAUCAGGUUCUUCAUGAGCUGCAAUCUCACCGUGAGAGACCUGCGCAUCGAGAACAGCCCGCAAUUCCACAUCAAGUUCGACGCCUGCGAGGACGUGCACAUCGAGGGACUGUCCAUAAACUCGCCGGCGUUCAGCCCCAACACCGACGGCGUCCACAUCGAGAACACCAGAUCCGUGACCAUCUACAACUCGAUGAUAAGCAAUGGUGACGACUGCAUCUCGAUCGGCCCCGGUUGCUCCGACGUCGACAUACAGAACGUCACUUGUGGCCCGGGCCAUGGCAUCAGCAUCGGGAGCCUGGGUAUGCACAACUCCGAGGCCUGCGUGUCGAACGUGUCGGUGAAGAACGCGGUGAUACGGAACUCGGACAACGGGGUGAGGAUCAAAACGUGGCAGGGAGGAAUGGGAUCGGUGUCGGACAUCAGCUUCGACACGGUGUACAUGGAGAACGUGAGGAACUGCAUCAUCAUCGACCAGUACUACUGCUCCAACAAGGGCUACUGCCAGAACCAGAGCUCCGCGGUGUACGUCUCCGGCGUGACCUACGCCAACAUCAAGGGGACGUACGACGUGCGGAGCCCGCCGAUGCACUUCGCCUGCAGCGACACGCUGCCGUGCACCAACAUCACCAUGUCGGAGGUGGAGCUGCUGCCGCACGAGGGUGAGUUGGUGGACGACCCCUUCUGCUGGAACGCCUAUGGCGUGAUGAGGACCGUCACCAUCCCACCCAUUCCUUGUUUGCAGGACGGGCAGCCAGAGUCGCUCCAGGAGAUCCCAAACUUGGGCUGCUGACUUAGUUCAAGUCACCUACGGUGGACCGCCAUAACACCAUAAUACAACGACUAUAUAAGCUAACUCUUCUUCUUCUUCUUCUUCUUCUUCCUCUGUCUCACUCCUAUCUGCUUAAGCUCACAUCCUCUGUUGGUUGCAAAUGGUAAGUAAAUCGCAAGGCAUUGGGCUCACAUUUUGUUGAAAGAAUUAGGGGAUUGCCUACACGCCAAUUUUUCUUCUAUAAAGGAUUCGAGUUUGAAUCAAACCCCACAGAGAGUUGAUUGAUGUUUCUUCUUCCAUUCCACGCGGUGUUUCUUCACCUC